AUGGAUACCUUCGGAGACGGUCCGGGCUACAACGAUGCCAAUAGAGCCUUCCUGCAGGCCUUCCUCACCCGCGGCGUCCUCACUCUAGAAACGGCCAAACCCAUCAUUGCGGCGUGUUCGACAUUUAGAGAACAACGCGAAGUUCUGCCGCAGGAUGUCACGGUCGAAGACUUGAAUGACUACAUUGCAGACGCAAACCGCAGACUAUCCCCUCUCGACCUCGAGAUCCGAAGUACCUUGCACCAGCAGACCCGAGAACGGGUGUAUGCCCUAGUGAACACCACGAGCGAUCCACUCACGCAACUUGCCACAAGCUACACACCCGACGAAAUCGUCUACGUGAGGAAACUCCUCGACGCAAUGUUUGAUGGACAGAACAACAAGGGCAAAAGAGAGGCUAUGUGCAUAAGUGGUAUUGACGCCAUUCAAGUUGGCAGAGCCGCCCUGCGGCGCCAGGCCGCUGAAGAGAAUGAGACCCAGGCAACAGCUGGUGUGCUCAGUGCUAUGGAUUCUGAGAACAUGCUUCACAAAUUGUUGGACGAGGGAUGGCUAGAAAAGAGUCGGGCUGGGUUUUACAGCUUGAGCCCUCGUGCGCUGAUGGAGCUCAAGGGCUGGUUAGUGGACACCUACAAUGACGAGGAUGAAGACGGCAACAAGAGAGAGAAGAUCAAGUUCUGCCAUGCUUGUAAGGAGAUUAUCACGGUGCGAUCGACGAGAUGUCCACUAUGCAGAACUGAAUGGGAUGGCGAAUGCUUUGUGGGAGAAAAGUCUAUCACAACGUCGGAAAGCUAUCAGACUGGAAAGAGGAGGAGCGGUGCACACAACAGGCGGAGACCCAGUGCCAAUGCCAAUAACGAGGAAGAUGAUGUAGAAUGA